UGAUAAAAAAAUUGUUGGCGUAUAGCUGUUUGACAAUUAAUAUUGAAAUAUAGCCGUUAGACAAUUAAUAGUUUCGUGGAUGUUGGUAUAAUAUAGCCAUUGGACAAUUAAUAGUCUUUUGGCCUUUUGUAUAAUAUAGCCGUUGGACAAUUAAUAUUCCAACGGCUAUAUUUUGGUAGUAAGGCUAUAAAUACGACAGCUAUGUAUUUAAACAUUCAUAUUUUCAAACGCACUCAAGAGAGAGAGCGAGAGCGCGCGCUAAGUCUUCAUUCUUUUCAUGGGAUCUUGCCAUAGUCUGAUCUUGGAGUCCUCCACCCUCAAAUUUCAGUGCCAUCUUGGCCAGUACUCCAUCGUCAUUGGUUCGUGCUGAUCUGCUCUCUUCUUCUUUCUUUUUUCUUAUUUUUUUGAAAAGGAGGAUGACCUCUCUUCCUUUCUUGAUCCCACAUUCUACUUUUUGUGCUGCAGGUGGCCAGGUUAAGUGAUGUCUCUGUCUUCUGAAAUAUACACACUGCACGACGAUGAAUACAGCUACAAAAAUUUAGAGGAUGAUAAUAAACAUUUUUUGAUGCCUAUGUUGGGUGAUUUCCAACACAAGAUGAUAAUCCCAAAAGAGUGUGUUCGAUGCCUGAAAGGCGAGAUGCCGGGUGAGAUCAACCUAGAAACUCGAAACAUGGACAGUUACACAAUUAAGGUUGCCAAGUACCAAGAAAAGCAUGUUCUUACAGCGGGUUGGCCCCAAUUCGUUGAGAACUUCCAUCUACAGUUGGGUGACUCCUUGCUAUUCAGAUACAGUGGAGACUCUCUGUUUAGUAUUGUAAUUUUCGAUAAGCUUGGCCGCGAGAAAGCAUCAUCUGUUGUUGUCAAUCCUUUUCCACCACAAGUCCAAGGAAGACGCAACGAAAUCGGGUCUGCUAGAAAAAUAAACGCGCUUGGUGAAACAUGUGAAAUCUGGGAUGACCAUCAGUAUAUGAACUUGGACGAUGAAAAGAAAUAUUUUUUGAUGCGCAUGAUGGGUGAUUUCCAAGACGAGAUGAUCAUCCAAAAAGAAUUUGUUCACCGUUUCAAGGGAGAGAUCCCAGGAGAGAUUGAACUUCAAACAAAGAAUAAAUGUAGAUACAAAAUUAAAGUUGUCAAGAACCAAGAGGAGCAGCUUGUGCUUGCAGCGGGAUGGGGGCGUUUCAUAGAGAAGUUUAGCCUACAGACACGUGAAAGCAUAAUAUUAUUCAGAUACAAUGGGAAGUCCCAGUUCAGUGUCAUAAUCUUGGAUCAACUUGGGCGUGAGAAGGCUUCAUCCGUUGUCAAUCCGCUCCCGCCUCGUGCGCUCAAAAGGCACACAAAUUGUGCUGAAACUGUGAGUCAACAUCCUUCUGAUGGUCAUCCUCUGCCCGUGGAAAGGCUGGUGCAGAGUACUGAUGCAGCGGCUAACAUUCUUCGCCGGCCGACGCAAAUUGCUGAAACCGCGGACUGUUCUCCUCCGCUCAAGAUAAUGCCAUCAACUGCUCAGUUCGAUGUUCAUCAGCAGCAGCAAGCCAUGCUAAUGCAGCCUCCCCUGAACCAUUCCUCCUCCUCAUCACAUGACCAUGUCCAGAAUGCACUUGGUUUCGUGCGUGUUGUUAGAAGAAAGUACGGUCUAACCUCAUCACAGAAGAAGCAGCGGAAGGAUGGUUAUAUUACCACGCAUAGGACCAAGCUAACCUCUGCUCAGGAGCAGCAGGUGAAAGACAUGGUCCAGACCAUCCGCUCACGCAUAGGUGACAUAAUCAUCUUUGUUGCUCUGAUGGGCAGGGCCAAUGUUCUUUCAGGAUUCUCCCUGACUAUCCCAGUCAGGUACGGGGAGGAAUAUUUUGGAGAUGGGAAAGUCAUCUGUUUCCAGCUAGGCAACAAGAAAUGGAAUGUGAGCUUCAGCACUUCGCGCAAGGAUUAUCGGGUCGAAACUGGAUGGAAGAAGUUUGUCAAGGACAAUUGUUUGAAGCUGGGUGAUAUCUGCCUCUUUGAGCCGCAGAGCAACCAGAGGAGUACCAUGGAAGUCCAUAUCAUCCAUGUGAAUGAUGGCAAUUGACUGAUUGUUAUGCCACCAUAUUGCUGCUGUUGCCGAUCUCCCUAACACCGGGUGUUCUUUUGGUGAUGUGGGGUUUAAAAUAUAUGUAGGCUAGUAGAGUCAUGGUUUUACCAAUUAGCUGAUGCCUACUUACCCUGCAUACUGAUGGGAGUUAUUCUUACUGCAACCUACAGUUUGGUUCAACUUUGAACUAGUGUCACUGUGUCGAAUUUAAUACUGCUUUAGUUUAUUGGUUUCUGACUUUC